GGUAAUCUGACAGUAAAUCCUUUGAGCUGCCGCUUGGACAUCAUGGCUCGACUCUGCGGAAACUUUCAGGAAAUGCAGCAGGUGGAAGGAAGACGACAAUGAGCAGUCAGUAAGUGUGCGCGCGCGCUGGUUUAUCGGCGGCACUGACGGUAUUUGACCGUGUUUGUUGUCCAGCUCGCUGCGGUGUCGGUGAAGUACUUUGGAGGAAACAGCUGCACACUUUGACACGGUCAGGUGGCACCAUGGAUGACGGCAGCAUCAAUGCCUCCAACGUAAAAGUUGCUGUCCGGGUUCGAACCAUGAGCAGGAGAGAAAAGGACUUGAAUACAAAAUGUGUGGUGGAGAUGGUGGAGAACCAGACACUUCUGCAUCCAGCUAGCACCAGUGUGAGCAAAGCAGACCCGAGGAAUCAACCAAAGGUUUUUGCUUAUGAUUACUGCUUCUGGUCGAUGGACAACUCUCAAACGGAUAAAUUUGCAGGUCAGGAUGUCGUGUUCCAGUGCCUUGGUGAGAGUCUGCUGGACAACGCCUUCAUGGGCUACAACGCCUGCAUCUUUGCUUACGGACAGACAGGCUCGGGGAAGUCGUACACCAUGAUGGGUUCAGAGGAGCAGCCUGGCCUUAUUCCUCGGCUCUGCAGCUCCCUGUUCACCAGGAUCGUUCAGGAGGCGCGAGAAGGAGAGAGCUUCACAGUGGAGGUCUCCUACAUGGAAAUCUAUAACGAGAAAGUCCGAGACCUGCUGGACCCCAAAGGAAGUCGGCAGGCGCUGAGAGUGAGAGAGCACAGUGUUUUUGGUCCUUACGUCGAUGGCCUCUCUCAGCUCGCUGUGGCCAGCUAUAAGGACAUCGAGUCUCUGAUGUCUGAGGGAAAUAAAUCUCGCACAGUGGCAGCCACAAACAUGAACGAGGAGAGCAGCAGAUCCCACGCUGUGUUCAAUGUCAUCCUCACGCACACGCUCACAGACCUGCAGUCCGGGACGAGUGGUGAGAAGGUCAGUAAACUGAGCCUGGUGGACCUCGCCGGGAGUGAGCGAGCAGCAAAGACGGGCACGGCAGGAGAAAGACUGAAAGAAGGCAGCAACAUCAACAAGUCUCUAAGUACUCUGGGGUUGGUGAUCUCGGCCUUGGCCGAUCAGGGAGCAGGAAGGAACAAAAGCAAGUUUGUUCCCUACAGAGACUCUGUGCUCACAUGGCUGCUCAAGGACAGCUUGGGCGGUAACAGCCGCACCGCCAUGGUCGCCACCAUCAGCCCGGCAGCAGACAGCUAUGAUGAGACUCUGUCCACACUGCGUUACGCCGACAGGGCCAAGAGUAUCGUCAACCACGCCGUGGUCAAUGAAGACCCCAACGCCAGGAUCAUCCGAGAGCUCCGAGAGGAAGUGGAGAAACUGCGAGAGCAGCUGACCGAGGCGGAGUCCAUGAAGGCCACCGAGCUGAAGGAGCGGCUGGAGGAGUCAGAGAAACUGAUUCAGGAAAUGACAAUCACCUGGGAGGACAAACUGAGAAAGACUGAGGCCGUGGCACAGGAGCGGCAGAAGCAGCUGGAGAGUUUGGGGAUUUCCUUGCAGUCCUCUGGCAUCAGAGUGGUGGAUGACAAGUGCUUCCUGGUCAACCUUAAUGCUGACCCCGCCCUCAACGAACUGCUGGUCUACUACCUUAAGGAGCACACGCGGGUGGGGUCGGCUAACUCGCAGGACAUCCAACUGUGUGGGAUGGCCAUCAAUCCUGAGCACUGCCUCAUCGAAAUCACGGUGGACAGCGGCGUGGUGCUCACACCGCACCGUAACGCUCGAACAUGUGUAAACGGUGCCUUAGUUACCAGCGCAGUCCAGCUUCAUCACGGAGACCGAAUCCUGUGGGGCAACAACCACUUCUUCAGGAUCAGCCUGCCGCGGCACAUGGUUCACGCCGGGCGUGAGGAUGAGGAGGAAGAUGCUCAGAUGAAGACUUGUUUAAGCACCGACAGACUGGAGGUGGACUUGGACGCAGUCAGCGACAUAUCGAGUGAGCUGAGCUUCAGCUACGAGUUCGCUCAAGCUGAAGUCAUGAUGAAAGGCAUGUGCAGCAACGAUCCCUUGCAGUCUGUGCUCCAAACCCUGGAGAGGCAGUACGAGGAAGAGAAGCGCUACGCCCUCGAACGCCAGAGGCAGAUGUAUGAACAAGAGCUACAGCAGCUCCGCCGGCGACUCCACCCUGACAAGUCAUCGUCUCUCCUGGAUCCGACGGGUCUCGCAGCCCAAACAGGACCAUUGUCCGCCUCCCACAAACGGAUGCGUCGAUGGAGUGAGGACAGAGAAGCAAUGAUAACUCGCAGCCUCCGUCGCCUCAGGGGGCAGAUAGUCCGGGCCAACGUGCUGGCCCGGGAGGCCGGCUUCAUCGCUGAGGAGCUCAACAAGAAAACUGAGUACCUGGUCACUCUGCAGAUACCUGCUGCCAACCUGGAUGCCAACAAGAAGCGUGACGUGGUGUUGAGUGAACCAGCCAUCCAGGUUCGUCGUAAAGGUAAAGGGAAGCAAAUCUGGGCUCUGGAGAAGAUGGAGAACAGGCUGGUGGACAUGAGGGAACUCUACCAGGAGUGGAAGGACUUUGACGACGACAACCAUGUGAUGCGUUCUUAUUUCAAACGUGCCGACCCGUUCUUUGAUGAGCAGGAGAACCACAGUCUGAUUGGCGUGGCCAACGUUUUCCUGGCGUGUCUUUUCUUCGAUGUCAAGCUGCAGUAUGCAGUUCCCAUCAUCAACCAGAAGGGGGAGGUGACGGGUCGGCUCCAUGUAGAGGUGUGGCGGGGAACAGAGACUCCAGGAGAUGAGGGUCCAGGACUGACAGACGCUCAGGCCGGCACAGACGGAGACUCACAAGAGCGUAAACUGGACUGCAUGGUCAAAAUUCUCCAGGCCACUGGUCUUCCUCGCCAUCUGUCCAACUUUGUCUUCUGCCAGUAUCACUUCUGGGGCCAGGAGGAGGCCAUUUUUGUGGCCCCAGAGGUGGAGCUGUCAAGCCCCUCCCCCACCUCUAGAGACCCUCAGUGCACUGUGGUCUUCAACAGCUCCAAGGAGUUUUUGGUGCCGGUGUCCGAGGACUUUGUGGAGUUUUUGGCAGAAGGUGCGGUGGCAAUUGAAGUGUACGGUCACAAACAGGCCAAUCAUCGGCGGAACCUGGCACUGUGGGACCUCGGAGUGAUUCAGGCCAAAACCCGAUCCCUCAGAGAGAGGUGGAGCGAGGUGACGCGCCGGCUGGAGUUGUGGGUGCAGUUGAUGGAACUGAAUGAGGUGGGCGAGUUCACGGCUGUUGAGGUCCUUCCUGCGAAAGAUGUUCGCACCGGAGGAAUAUUCCAGCUCAGACAGGGUCAGUCCCACCGGGUGCAGGUAGAAGUGCGUUCAGUACCAGAGUCAGGCACCAUGCCACUCAUUGCCACCUCCAUCCUCGCCAUCUCCAUCGGAGAUGUAAAGAUCAGACAGGCACAUCCCUCCAAGCACAACCAAUUCCAAUGGGCAGGUGAAGAACUGGACAGCUACCAGGAGUUGGACCUGGAGAGGAUUCGGCAGCAGUGGUUGGCCACGCUCACUCAGAGACAAGAGUAUCUGGACCAUCAGCUGCAGAAGAUCGUCUCCAAACCAGACAAAUCGGAGGAUGACGUCGAACGGGAGUCCCAGCUGCUGGAGUGUCGUCUGACGCUCACAGAGGAACGCAACGCUGUCCUGGUGCCGGCUGCUGGCAGCGGCAUUCCCGGAGCUCCAGCAGAGAGAGUUCCUGUCCCAGGAAUGGAAACGCACAUUCCGGUGCUGUUCCUGGACCUCAGCGCUGAUGAUUUCCAGUCCAGUCUUUCAGCCCCGCUGUCUGGAGGUCUGGACGCGAUGCUCAACGGGGAGGUUGGCGAUGACGACUUCUUCGACCUUCAUAUCGUCAGACACUAUGAUCCAGAGCUGAAGGUGGAGGCGUCCUGGGAUUCAACAGUCCACGAUUGCCCACAACUCAGCCGUGUGUUGUCAGCUGAUCAGAGAGUUUACCUCACGAUCCGUGCAGUUGUUCUGCUCAGCCACCCGGCCCAAAUGCAGCUGAUCCUCAGGAAACGCAUCUGUGUGAACCUCACCGGUAGACAGGGUUUUGCUCAAAGCCUGCUGAAAAGGAUGUCGCACCGCAGCACCAUCCCCGGCUGUGGAGUCACAUUCGACAUAGUCUCCAACAUUCCAGGAGACAUCCAAGGUCCAGAGGACAGGGACAUGCUGGCCCGGCUGGCCGCCAGCACUGAGGACAAUCAGUCACCUGACAGCGAGGCGGCCAUAGAGAAAUACCUGCGUAGCGUCCUGGCUGUGGAGAACGUCCUCACACUGGACAAGCUCCGACAGGAGGUUGCUGUGAGGGAACAUCUGGCUGUCAAACAAAAAGCUCCCAGACGGUGCCUCAGCUCCCCGUACAUGAGGCGGCUGUCAGACGGCAGUGUUUUUCUCUCCUCUUCUACUCAUAAACUCAUCGACUUCAAGGACUCAGAAGGUCAGCAGGUCGCCUCUGCAGCGCCCCCUCAGUCCAGACGCACCCUGCCCGGCUCAGAAUCACAGAACCGGAGCCCAGAAACGGGCUCUGCUGCUUCUUCUCUCCUUCCAGUGAAGGUGGUGCCUAAACUGAUGAAGUCACUGCUUCCUGGUGGAAAGGAAGACCAGACCGCUGUACCACAGCAGAGUUUGCCUCGCAUCCUUGUGCAGUCGGCCAGUGUCGGAGAAGAGCUGAGCGAACAGCAAGUUCCUCCAUCCAUCCAAGCAGAGAGUCGCCGAUCUGUACCCCUUCCACCGCCAAUCAUCCCAGACAUGGACGACUUCCCUCCCAGCCCACUGAGCGAUUUGUCAAGCAAAUACACCUCAACAAAGCUGUCAGAUGUCUACAAGCUGAGUUGGGAUCUGCCUCCUUCCCCCACUGCAGGCGAGGACUCAAUGGAAGCUCCUUUCCUUCCUUCAGUCUCCAUGAUAACACACUCCAACAGUCAUCCCAAACCUCUUCUGGAUCAGUCGCAGCCUCUAAAGUUGCCAUCACCAACUCCUCCAUGGCCCCAACUGGAGUUAAACCAGGACACCUUGGUUCCGCGAAAACAGGAUUCCUGUGUUAACAAGCUGAAUCCAGAUAAAGAAUUACAAGAUUUACCAUCUGACCAAGAACAAGUGGUUAGUUCAGAAGAACUGUCAUCAGCACAAGAUGAUGAAACCAAUCCAUCAAUGGAAACAUCACCACCCCUCACCGACAACCCUAAACUCUCUGUGGCAGAAGAACCCGAAAUGAAAUCUGAACUUCCAAUCCAAGAUCAAGCACAGCCGCCUGCACAGAAAGUUCGUCAGUUAGAAAUGCUGUUGGACCAAACGUCUUCAGAGACUGUUCCAAAUCUGGUCCCACCAUUGUCUGAAAUAUCCACGCCUGCUUCUGGUCUGGCCUGGUUUGAGGAGCUGAAGGCUUCAGAUGCAAACAGAACAUCCACCCCAGGCGCACGCAAAGUCCAACACGAAGACCAACCUCCCGAUCAAGAUGCUCCGUCCUGCCUUCAGCCUUCCAAAGCUGCCGCCUUAGCAGUCAACCCCUUCAAGAUCCAGAGAGUGAAGACAUCUGGUCUGAAGUCCUUCCAGCAGAUCCUGGGUGAGGAUGAGGAGAAGCCGGGGAAAGCAGACAAGUCUGGCAAGAUCGGAGCCGGACUCCAUCUCUCUGUGCCAAUGGAAAGCCUGGAAAUCAUCUCUGAUUCAGAAGGAGAGGCACCUGUGGUGACUGUUGUUCCUGAUUGGCUGAAAGAAGGAGAGUUUGUGAGCGUGGGAACCAAUAAGAGCGGCAUAGUCCGUUAUGUGGGUCCCACAGAUUUUGCAGAGGGCACCUGGGUGGGAGUGGAACUGGAGGUACCAGCAGGAAAAAACGACGGCUCUGUCGGCGGCAAACACUACUUUCACUGUAACCCUGGUUACGGGUUGCUGGUGAGGCCCAGCAGGGUUAGCCGGACCGGGGCCAAACGUCGCCAGCAACAGCAGAAGCGGCGCAGCGCCAACCUGUCUACUUCCAGCCCAAACCUGGCAGCACUGACGGUUCUGGCCAAGGGUGAGGGGGGCGGGGCAUCAUCGGGUCACAGCAAAGGAGAGAACAGGAAGUCCUGGAACACCUGAGAGAUUUGAGGCGGGUUCAUCUCUGUCUGUGCAGGUAAACGGACGCCCACUGCGCUGCCUCGCGUGGUUCUCAAGAACGCCAUCUUCUGGUUAGUUUGGGCCGAUUUUUACUGCAGCAACUGAAUGUUUUAUCGGAAAACGUGAACAUUUUGAGCAAACUUUGCUGUAAACGUUUCAAAGUUCUACCAACAAUCGCGAUCAGCAUCGUGACUUUGACAUGGGAAGCUGCUAUUUUAAAGAAAAAGUAUUUGUGGAUAUGUGGCUAAAUAUUUAAAGUUCCAAGACUCCACACAGGCAGACAUUUCUCCUUUGUGCCUUCGAGCAAAUUGUUUGUUGAACAUGUUUGCUCUCAAAGAUGCAAAACCUACUGAUAUUUAUGCAAAUUUAGUUUUUAGAUAUUUUUAAUCAGCUUUUCCUGUUUGAGUCAUUAUGAAGUGGUACCAGUUUGUGUGAUUUCAGUAUUUUGUAUGUGAUCGGGGUGUUUUAAGGGAUUUUAUUUGUACCACAUUGAGGAUUUGGUUUGGCAAAUAAUUUACACAUGUGUAAUUUGACAUGACGCUUGUUUAUUUAUUGAAAGAUAGCCAGAUUUUAUUGAUGAAAUCUAAAUCAGCUUUUCUAUCAGUGAUUUAUAAUAAAAGUCUUUUUGCCAACCAA